GUGAUUGAGAGAGAGAGAGAGAGAGAGAGAGGAGGGAGCUGGAAGGAGAGUGUGAGAGAAGAGAGCAAGAGGGAAAGAGAGCUGACGUUGGUGUUGAAACAGGAGGCUGACAGUGUUUCUCUAUAAAAAACGACACUGCCCUGAAGAAGGAUCGAAUUCUUGUUCUUGACCGUGGACUAUACACGCGUUUCCUGGACAGUUUUCACACUUGGACCAGAGAAGCAUAAGAUACUGGGGCAGUCCAUCUGUCCUUGGCAGUGAUGCUAUGUUUUCUGGAAGGGGGUUCCUCAUCCCCACUAAUGGAAGUGUUGGAAAUGAUUAUCACUGCAAAGAAGCAAAGUAAAAAGACUCCAAAUUUGACAAUUUUGGAUGAGCAGUGAGUUUUUGUUUAUCUUGUCCUUUUUGUCUAUUUUAUUACACAUUUUUACAUUUAAACGACUAGAUGUAAAACUCUGAAAGUAUGGUGUGCGAGUCACAAAUAGAUCUGUUUGCAGAACAGAUGGUGAAUAAGUACGGAAUGCAGUGAAGAUAAAGAUAAGUCGAUUUAUGUUGAUUUCCAAAGAAAUGCACCUGCACAUGAGUGGGAUUCUGUCUAACUCAAGAAGUUGCACUUGUACCUUAAAUUACUGCAAUAUCUGUAAUGUAAAAAGCGUGCUGUGGAUCCUUUUUUAAAUAAUGAAAAUGACUUAACACAUCUGCAAUUUUUACAUUUUUAAACUGUCCACAAUUUUUAUCUAAGGAAGCAUAUUUUGAAAUAUUUUUUUUUCCUACAAUGGGCAAAACCCUGAGCCGACCGGGUUGCCUGCGCCAGAGCCCUUGUUGCUCAAAGAAAACUGACAGAGAAGCCUACAAUGAAGAUGGAUAUAUUCCUCAACGCUCCAUUUAUGACACAAUGUGCAUUAACGAGCAGAUCGACCACAGCUCGGCACAUAGCACUCUGGGGUCGAGGAGAGGUCGUGAGACUGAUUUCUCCAGUAAUGGGUCCCUGGGUGGCGACAUGUUUGACACCAGUAAAAAGGACAGCCUGUGUCGGCACUCCUGGAAGGUCCUUUCGCCCCCGAAGUUUCCUGAGCCUUUAGAGCUUUCGCCAGGAGAAAAGAAUUUCUUAAAUCCAGGAGUGGCAUUUUUCCCAAGCAGCAUGACCUCUCCGCAGAUCUCCCCAUUCUCUGGAUCCCCCUUCUCAACUGGCACGCACACUCCGUCUGUCUUUUUCUCCCCUUCUCCGCUUCCCUACAGUCAGCAAUUUCAUAGGCAGUCUUUGCCUACCCAGCCGUCAUCACCAAGACCUCCUCUUUCAGAACUGUCAGUGAGUGCUCUCAUGUGUGGCCAAGACCUGCAGGGUGGAAUAGAGAAGGAGCAGGAAAUAAGAGGACAUGAGAUUGUCAGAAAGGAGCAGACACAAUUCGAGACUUUCAAACCAAGGCCUGUUGAGCCCAUAAGUGAGCAACAACCACCCACACCAGAGCCUGACCAUGACACUGCACCUCUUUUGCCCCCUGUGAUCCCUAAAGCUCCAACAAUCUGCAAAACCUCAAUCGAGUCUACCUGGCCACGGAGGCUGAUUGGCAGGAGGAGAACAGUGAGACAAGGUGGGGCAGUUCACAACCUUCCCAUUCUUCCUCCAUUGCCCUCUCUGCUAAUACGCAGUAUCUCGGAUAAAAAGCCAACACCUCGACUUUCCCCCUUUCCUGAGCACCAAGGAAAAGUGGAGGGGCAUUUGAGUAAAUCUAUGCUAAAAAAUGAACUUAAUGAUUGUUCCUUGCAGGACUGGAAGAUCUUGCGGGAAAUAGAAGAGCGUAAGGCUGGAUCGACUAAAAAUGAGCUGGAAACUGUGGAAGUCACGGAGAACCCGGGCAAAAUGUCACCUCUUCAAGAGAAACCAGAGGAAAGUGUUGAUGAAAACAUCCCUCCUGAGUGCGACGUUGAGAACUGGGAGGCCGUGCUCGAGAUGGUCAACUCGCUUUGGGAUGAAACUUGGAAAGACUCAGAUUCGCAGAAUUUAGGCUCUUUGAGACGCUGGCCGGUCUUGCAUCCUCCGACAGGUUUUGGCGGCUCACAGGCCCCUUCUGGUGCAAGUUCAGAGUUAGGACCUGAAGAUCUGCUGGAGCUUGAAAGAAUUUGUAGAGAAGACUCCAUAGAUUCUGAGCUUUUUGACUUACUCCAUUCACAGUCUGACUCCCAGCUAAAAGAAAACAAAUGCAGUGUCAUUGUCACACAACCAACAGGACAGUAUCAAGUUAGCGUUCCAGUCAUACUGAAUCUUGGUACUGCUCAACUGAGAAUUAAUGAUGGGCAAACUGAAUCGCCAGAUUCCAAUCUAACUUUGGAUUCCGACUCGAGUGGGGUUUUCAUGUCUAAUACCAGCCAGACCAGUAAAGAGGACAAUAACUCUGAUGGUGACAGAUCUGUGUGUGAAUUAGACUUGGGAAGUGUUACUAUACCUCAUAAAGGCAGCAAUGAAUACGCUAUCACCAGAGUCACUGGAACAUCCAAUCUGCACAGAAUCGACCAUAAAAGGUCAACUCUGGACAAAUCGCAAACAUUCGACGCCACAGAUUUAAGCAAACUCACUGAUUUAAGAAAAAUUCAAACCAAAGGCAUAAACUUGCAAAACAGUUCCAAAUCCAUGGACAGUGGAUCUCUGGGCCAAGAGGAGAUCUGUAACACUGUGAAAACAUCAAAGACUGAUUCGCUUUUACAACUGACUUCUUCAAAACAUGACAUCAGAGGAACUUUACUAGACAGCGGUGAUUUGGAUCCUUUUGUUGCAACUGACAGCUUUGUCUAUCUUGCAGUUUCAGUUCCGCCACCUCCCAAAACCCGGAACAACCUUCAACGCCAGGAAGCCGCAUCUAUUUCGACACUAAACGAGCCCUUACUUCCUGCCUGCAUUCCAAAACCUGGCCCUCAUCCCGAUGAGUGUGACUUUCUUUCCACUGACAGCUUCGUGUACCUGGCUGCCCCUGAUUGUCACCUGCUGGUUGCUGAAGGCCGUUCCGUAUAUGAUUCAAAGAACUCUGAUUCUGAAGACAGUGGCUCCAGAGCUGAUUUUGUUCAACCUUCUACAGUUGGAGACAGCGACUGGGACUCUGAUCUCUCCGAUUCGGACCACGAAUGGGACCACUGGGAAGAGCUGGAACAGGAAGUCCUUCAGGGCCUUUUCUGCGAGGACCAAUCAGAAACGGGUAGAGAGUGCCAUGGCAAGCAAGCAUGGCAGAUUUCUUGCCAGUGUGCAGAGUUGGCUGCUGGUGUCGCGCAGGAUAAUGCUGGGGUGUCUUCACAGUACGUGCAGGGGGCAGAGCCACAUGUCGAGAUGGAGUCUGUAUCCUAACAACUAUUCUCAUAGCUUUGACCUCUGGUAAUCGGGCAUAGAAGUUUUUACAAAAUCCAGCCCUGAUCAAGCACAUUAUAGAUCCCAUAUUUAAGCAGUAAUUAUAUGUUCUACACCUAAGUAAUUGUGAGUGGUUUUGAUUUGUUAGCUUUUGUUGCUUUUAUGGAUCAUAUUUAACUGAACAAUCUGCAAUUUAUAGUGGUGAUUCGUGAUAUUUGCUAUAAGGGUUUUUAUCGGAGGAUAUUAAACAUGUUUAAAGCUCAAAAUCUAUAUAGCGCAAUAUAUAAUGUCUUUGUCAGAAAUUAUAUAAAACUAUAUUUGCUAUACAUAGGAUAUAGAUGCAGGGCAAGUAUUAAUGCUUUGUUAAUGCGCCGAUGUCUAAAUGAGUGAUCCGAAGCACAAUUUUUUUUUUUAACAAUUUAUUUUAAUUACAGUUUAAAUGACAUUUACUUUGAAAUUGAGCGCUGCUGAAAAUGUUUGCCGAGUUUGGUUUUGCACAACUUGCCAUCCACCUAAUAUUUACAGUGGUAAGUUUUACCUGUAAGCACAUCAACAAGGCAAUAGAAAUGCAUUAUUGUACUCUGCUGUCAAUAAAGCAAGUGUGAA